AUUAAAAAUAGAAUAUUUCAGAUAAAAAUGUCGGGGUGGGCAGCUCAGUUCCCACAAUGGCAAUAUGGAUAUACACAGCUACCCAAUUACACAAAUUUUGGUGCACCUGACGAAAGGUUUUACACACCCUCACCCCUCAGGGCCGGAUUCAUGGGCGGUAGAAGGGGUAGGGGAGGUAGGAGAGGAGGUGGUUUCAAACGUGGUGCCCCGCAAAUGAAGAAUUUUGUGGCCUGCGAAGUAAUGAAACCUCUUCAAGCUGCUUCCAAUACUGGAACAGCUUCCAGCAAUAUUGGAACCGCUCCCAAUAGCACUCUUAUUCAGGCUAAAGUAGAACCUGGUCAAGAAUCAUUGUCAACCAACCCAGGAUCUACACCUGACCAGAACACAACUGCAACAUCUACUCCUGACCAGAAUACAACUGCAGUCCUCAAUCCAAUGUUUUCAAAAACUGAACCAGCAGAAGGAAACCCAGUAAAAAAGUUAACAUGGAGUGGAAACAGAUAUCUGAGUCAGGGCCACCUCAUGCCAAAAUUUACGGAUUUGAAUUUAUUUGCGGGGAGUUUAUUACACAGGGAUUUGGACGGACGAAAAAAGAGGCGAAGGUUAAAGCUUCCGAUGAUAUGGUACCAAGAUUAAUGAAAUUGCCCCGAGUUCCUCACAACGUGAUGCAACGGUUCAUGGGACGCGGUAAUCGGCGUGGAAUGCACGGCCGAGGUGGCAGGUAAUUCCGAUUGAGAAAUAAUGUAUU